UCCCAAGAGCAGACUUCCUGCUCAGGGCUCAGGGCUCCAGCAGCCUCCCGGGACCGGACCGAGGCUGGGGAGCCUGGAGGGGUCGGAGGCCAAGCUCAGGCCCAGGCCAGGCUGGGCGGGAAGAUGGCUGGUGGGGGCAGCGAGCUCAGCAGCAGGAUAUCCAUAGGAAAUCAGAACACAGACGACAGGCUUAUCUUUGAGACUGUAUUCAGGCAAUUCAAAAGACAUAAAGUGGAGAUUUCAACUGCAAUAAAAAAGACAUUUCCUUUCUUUGAGGGUCUUCGUGACCGUGAGCUCAUCACCAAUAAAAUGUAUGAAGACUGUCAAGAUUCUUGUAGAAACCUGGUCCCUGUGUCGAGAGUGGUUUACAAUGUUCUCAGUCAGCUGGAGAAGACAUUUGACUUGUCGCUUCUGGAAGCUGUGUUCAGUGAGGUCAACCGGCAGGAAUAUCCUGAUUUAAAUCACAUUUAUGAAAGCUUUGUAAAAGCAAUCCAGGAGAAAAUUAAUCAUGAAGAAAGCAAUGAAGAAGAGAGGGAGGAGAGGCCUACUCUCCCACUAAGCCUUGAGCAAGGAACUUGGGAAAACUCCUGUCAAGGCCGGACUUGGUGUUGCAGAGAGUCCUCAUCUUAUGAUGGUAUGACCUCACCUGAAAAUGCACUCUCGGAUCACCUCUGUGAAACAGAACAGAUAAAUGCAACGAGGCAAGAUACAACCAGUGACCCAAUCGAUGCACUAGAAAGCCAACAAGCAAAUGAACAAUGUGCCCAAGAGUCUGAACCAGCAGAGUCCUGCGAACAAGUACCUAUCCAAUCAAAUAAUGGUGAUGCAAGAAAAGAGACACCCAGCCCAUUGCCUUAUGAGGAAGAAAAAGCAACGCUACCCAACCAUGGAUUUCAAAUCAAUUCCUGUUCUGUCCUUCUGGUGGAUAUAAAGAAGGAAAAGCCAUUUUUUAACCCCGAAGUUGAAUGGCAAACCCAAGCAAGGACUGACUGUAACCAGGCACCUGAUGUAAUAGUGAUCAGCAGUGAGGACUCCGCAGAAUCCAGUGAUGGAGACAUGUCCCCAGAACCCUCCACAUCAGCACUGAGAAAGGCGUCUGAUCCUUGGGAUACUGAAAACACAUCAAUUUGCAGCAUAAGCAACAGGAAAAGACGGAUCAGCAGUGGUGACACUUCAGAACUGAGUAACGAAGAUGAGCCUCAGGAAACGUCUAGCUCACUCCUGAGAAAUGGGUCAGAUACCACGGAUACUGGAAGCAAUUCUACUUUGGGAAAACACAGUGAGAAAAGAAGUCCAAGAAUUCCCAGAGAAACAAAUAUGGAUUUUCAGCUUCCUGAACUUCCUGUGACUUGUGGUGAGGCGAAGGGGAUUUUAUACAAGGAGAAAAUGGAAAAAGGCACCUCGGAGAAGUGUAUACAGGAUGCAUAUGGAAAGUGGUUCACCCUCAGGGAAUUUGAAAUUGAAGGAAACCACGAAGCGUCCAAGAAGUGGAAGUUGAGUGUGCGCUGCGGGGGAUGGCCCCUGAAAACCUUGAUUCAGAGAGAAUUUCUACUAGACCCAUCAAGAAAAAGAAAAAAGCCAGAAAACUCAAAUGAAUGCGAGGUAUGCCGUAGAAAGACAGCGCUGUUCUCCUGUAAUACUUGUUCGAGGUUCUUUCAUGAGAAAUGCCACAUCCCACCUAAAGAUGCUGACAGGAACCCAUGGAGCUGCACCUUCUGCAAGAUAAAGGAUCUUCAGGAAAGGUGCCCAGAAAGCCAACCAUGUCAUCAGCAAUCUGAGGUCCUGAAGAAGCUGAUGCUGAGUAAAGAGAAGUUGAAGUGUGAGUUCCUCCUCUUAAAGGUCUAUUGCUCUCCAAAAAGCUCUUUUUUUGCCUCAGAACCAUAUUAUACAUCUCAAGGCCUGGAGAAGCCCAUGUGGUUAAACAAAAUCAAGAAAAAUCUGACGAUGAACAUAUAUCAGCGAGUACGGGAGUUUGUGCGGGACAUGCGUCUCAUCUUCCAGAACCACAGGGCGUUUUACAAGAACAAGAAAUUCAUCAAUCUGGGGCUUCAGCUAGAAGCCGAAUUUGAGAGUGAUUUCAAAAACGUUUUUGGCAUCCAGGAAAUAAGUACAAACAGCAGUCGGUUUGAGCCGAUCUUUUAUAAUGUAGCCCGUUUCUAGUUCCCCCUUCAGAGUCUCCACUGCUACAUGAUAUCGUGCCUGUGGCCCCACUGACCAACUUCCUGUUGCUGUGUGAAUAACACACUUCUUUUUCAAACUUUUUUUUUACUGACAUUCCUGCUCGUUUACUUUUCUAAAUAAAAAUCUUAAACUUCA